CUUACGAGCUGUUCGCUCGUCAGGGCACUGCACGAAUUGGUUGAAGGGGUUUGUGCCUGUACUAGAAAGCCAGUUGAGUCCUUGCGAGGAAGCAACUCACCGGCUGCCUAGCUAGCUAGUUAGGCUGCGGGCUCUUGACAGCACUCAUAGAUAGGGUUGGUCCAGUCCAGACUGGUUGGAUGCAGAUUUUGUGCUGGAAUGUUGGCUAUCUAUGAUAGGUACAGUACUGUGCUAGCUACUAGACUAGUAGUACAAGUAGCUUGAGAUCUGUUGACGCGGAUUGCGACGUCACUGGAGACAAUCGAACCUCAAUCGAAUCGAAUCAUUCUCUCGGGUCAUGUUAAAAGUUCAAAGGGGAUUCGAGCUCGACAAGCCAGCAAGGCCCAACAACAAGGACCAAUAUGGUAGAAAGAACCUAAGACCAGACAGGAAACCCCUUGCUACAUGUAGUUGUAGCUAAAGCACCUUGGGCACCCAACAUUAACAGAAUGCUUCGUGCUGUCCACAAGGCUGUGCGAUGCUGCGGUUUCGUUCACAUUUACGACCGCGCACUCCCACUGACGCUACCAACGUUAGCUCUAACCCUAAUAACGCACGAAUGAGAUUUCACCAGAUGCAGGCGGCAACCACCUUGGAAGUUGGAACGGGACGACUUGAGGCAUCUCUGCUGUACAUUACAGUACAGUACUGGUACCAAAGUCUGCACUGCUAUAGAUAGUAGAAGACAAAAGUAUCUAGCAAGGAAUGGAAUCGAAUCAUUCCCUCAUCUGGUGGUCUAACUGACAGCAGCCAUUCCGCUAGCCAGAGUACAUGAAAGAGGAAUGAAUGAAUGACCCGUCAAAGAUACCAAAGAUGUAACUUGCUGCCAGAAACGUUUCAAGAACUUGAGCACCUGGUAAACAAAUACAUGUAAUAUACUUCACUAUACAACUUUAGAAGCAACUGAAAGGCUGUAAGUCUGAGCCCAGCGCAUCGCACUGAGCCCUUGUCAUUGUGCAUUUCCAACAGCAAGCAAUCAUAUCUGUUGCAGCUCGAUCGUCUGUCUAUCUAGCUAGAUAGUUGGUCUUAUCUCGAUCGAUUGUGGUGGUGUGCAAGCAAGCAAGCAAGCAGCAAGAGGAUGAAGUUCAGUACAGACCCCAACCUGGAUGGCUCGUGGAGUAGUGAGCGGGAUGAAGAAUGCGCCAGUCUUUGCAGUGACAAUACCCCACCGGGUAUUAUUAGUAGCAAAGAUGAUACCCGUAGUAUCUACACGGCUAAUAUUGACAACAAGGAAGAACAGCCCGUGUUGGAAAUGGAAGAUACCGAAGUGGACUUGGAAUCCUUGUACAACAAAAAAAAGAACAACAACAACAAUAAGACGAGAUCGUCUCCCAGUCGUCUCGAAGCCUUUGUGCGUCGCAAGAACAAACGACACUACCGUCGCCGUCAUCGUCAUCAUCGUCCUUCCUGGGAUAUGGCGUGGUUUUGGCUCAAGAUUAUUGGAUUGGUGCUACUGCUCGUUCUCAUGCGCAUGUCACAGGAAGAGUACGAAGAAUACGAAGAAGAACACUUCCUCACCAUGAACCAGAACCAGAAUGCGACCACGGAGGAUGAUGCCGCCGCAACCAACAGUGAUGUGAAGAACGGAGAUUCUUGGGUAGUGGAGGACAACAACAAUCCUACUAAUAUCAAACAACCAAAACAGCACGGUGCCCCUGCACAUGCAAAGAAGGGAGACCAGUUGGUGGAGGACAACCAUCCUAUCAACAAACAGCCAAAGAAACACAACGCUGCCCCGGAACAGGAAAAGACCGCGGCGUUGGAGCCAAAGGUGGAACCUUCUCCACAACCACCAAAGAUCUCUACAAAUAAUGUAGAAUCCCAAGAAGAACUUCAGGAGAUGAGCAUGUUAGACCCACAACAUGAGCCACCUGUGGAGCAACAAAACGAGAAAACAACCGAAGAAGAAGCCAAAGAGAGCCCAAGCGCAUCAUCUGGAGAUGAAGCCAAAGAAGAAGCGACAGUUGAAGAGGAAGAAACUCUUGACGAGGAAGAGAGCUACGACGAAGAGAAUGAGCAAAAGGGCAUUUGGUUUGAAGAUGAAUUGAUGCAAGAACAGAGGGUGGAGGAGGAAAAGGCAAAGCGUCCAGGUGGAAAGUAGUAGGUUGUUGUUGUCAUCACAGUGCGUGGGGAGCGACGUUUUGUUUGGCUAGCUAGUGGGGCAGCCUUCAUGGUUGUUCAAAGCGCGAAGCAUGGAAACAGGAACCAAUAUCUUCUUGUGGGAAUCAUUGUUGCUUGUGUCGUCUUUCAAUCUAUCCAUCUAUUUUCAUACUCUUGCCAUUGCUGCACUUACAGGCAACUUACUUUCUUGGAGUACAUACCGGUACCUGCAAAAAGCAAGACCAGAUCAGUAAUAACAAAAGUUCAUAGUAUUCAGCAUGACUGUAUG